GUCCCCGUUCACAUGGCCUACUCAAAUGGGCCCAGAUGUCUGAAAUGUACGGACAACUGCCCAGGGCUCGACUUACAUUACUUCCGAAAAAUCUGCAAAAAUUGUCGAUGUCUGGCAGAAGACCACGAUAUGCCAUCAUGCCAACAGCGAGACUGCCGUCCAAUGAGCAUGCUUUUUCAGUCCUGCGAAUCAAUACCGCCCCCUUCCGAUUCCAAACCUGAUUGGACAGCUAAAUUCCAGAAGCUGUCAAUCAUCGAUCCUGGAGAUUUAACCCAGAUAACGGUCCCACAGAACGAUGUGGUCAUGAGCAAACUCAUCAGUGAAAAUGUGAGAUCACAGAAGUUCAUUUCCAUGCUGCCCGAGGACAAGCAGGAGUUCGCAUCCAACCUGCGCCGGAAGCAGCUGCAGAGACAGCUUCCUCUGCAUGACCUAGACCCGCGGUUCUGUAACAGUCUAGCAACUUCCGAGAUGGUGAAGUACGAGAAGUUUGCCGACAGGAGAAGAAAGAAAGCCGCUGGUAUAGGGCAGAUCGGUGAGGUCACUUCAGCAGGAUCAGUGGGGUGUCAUAACUGUCAGAAGAAAAUGGAGAUGGGCAGUCCAGCUGUGAUUGUCAGCAAGGUCCCUGGUGACUGUUGGCAUCCUGGUUGCUUUGUCUGCUCCACCUGUAGACAGUUGUUAGUGGACAUGAUCUUCUUCAGCAAAAAGGGAAAGAUCUACUGCGAGAGGCACUAUGCAGAUCUCUUGUACCCCAGGUGUUUUGCUUGUGAUGAGAUAAUAUUUUCCAGAGAGUACACACAAGCUGAAGGUCGGGCUUGGCAUGUGCACCACUUCUGCUGCUGGUACUGCGAUGCUGCCCUCGCGGGGCAGAGGUACAUUGCCAAGGACAAUAACCCAUACUGUGUCAACUGCUUUGACAAGCUCUUCAGUAAAAUUUGUAGCACAUGUCAGCGACCUAUCACAGCCGAUGCUCCAGGAGUGACCCACAGUGAUUUCCACUGGCAUGCUUGUCCACACUGUUUUAGCUGUCACUCGUGUGGGCGCAACCUGCUCAACCAACAGUUCAUGCUCAAAGACGGCAAGCUGUACUGUGGGAUGACGUGUCGGCACAGAUCGGCACCUACUUGUUUGACAGCGGCUAUAGCUAGACAGUUUACUCAGUAA